AUCUGUACCUACCCUCGUGCUGCGUAUUUGUCCCAGUAUCACACGUGGGUUUAACCUAGCUAAGCUAAGCUAGCUGUUAGCUCACUAUAGGCAGCUAUGCAGGAAUCCCCGCUCAUAGGAGUAUAUGACGGUCCUAUAGAGAAGAAGAACAGCACAUAUUAUUACACUAAUAAAAUCGGGGGCAGUCAGGACCUGAUUCCUGGUAUUUCUGCUACAUAUUACCGGUGUGCUCUGUGUGAUGGGAUCCUCACUCAUGUCGUGCAGAUCUACUGCCCUCUUGCUGCGUCUCCAUAUCACCGCACCAUUAAUGUGUUUGCUUGCACUAAUCCACAGUGUUAUGGCAAGCCAGAAAGCUGGAAAGUUCUGCGUUCGCAGUGCUUGGAGUCUGAAAUGAAGGACAUCAAUAAAGAUAAUCAGCAGGUGAAACAAGCCCCGGUGUUCGCAACAGACUGGUGUGAUGAGGCCGAUGACUGGGGGAUGGAAGCUGAGGACAGUGAAGCUGAGAUCUGUCCACACACUAAUCUAGACACAGCUCAGACAGUGACAGAGAGACAGCCGGACACACAAACAGCUGGACCAGUCGACAGUAUUGGACUUGAGGGCCUCUGUUUAAAUGGAUCAGGGGACAGGGAAUGUGCCGUAGCUCCUACUGCAGUACCCACUUUUCAGUCAUUUUACAUCAGUGUGGCGGAGGAGACAGACUUAGUGGGCCAGAACAAUGUGGAACAUGCUAACAAACUUUUGAAGGAAUAUCAGGAGAGGGAGGGAGUUGCUGUUGGAGAGCUUGAAAGUUGUGAAGGAGAAGGAAGAGGGGAGAAGUAUGAGAAGGCAGAACCCAAACACGGAGAUGCCUUCUUCUCCAAUUUCAUGAAAAGAAUAUCUCUCUGUCCAGAACAAGUUCUUCGAUACAGUUGGAGAGGCUCACCUUUGUUUAUAUGUGAACGUCCUUCAAAUAUUCAUCAGAUGGAGCCACCCUGUGCACAGUGUGGCAGUCCUAGAGUUUUUGAAUUUCAGCUCAUGCCUGCACUCGUCAGUUUGCUUCGUAGUACAGAUUUAAGUUCAGAGCUCGUUUUGGAGUUUGGGACAGUGAUGGUCUACACCUGCAGAGAGAGCUGCUGGACUUCUGGAUCGAACACACCUGUUGAGGAAUUCCUUUUAGUACAAGCUGACCCUGAUCAAAAGCUGUUCAAAUGACAUGAUGUAUAAUAAAGAGCAUACCAAAAUA